CAUAGCAAAUAUGAGGUUGCUGUCAAAUUUGCAGGUAACACCUGGUCACAGGUGAUGGAAAAGGACAACAUCAGUUCCUCUGAAGGCUUCAUCCUGGUGGGCUUCUCUGACCGGCCCCGCCUAGAGCUGGUCCUCUUUGUGGCUGUCCUCACUUUUUAUCUGCUGACUCUUCUUGGCAACAUGACCAUCAUCUUGCUUUCAGCUCUGGACUCCCGGCUGCACACACCUAUGUAUUUCUUUUUGGCCAACCUCUCAUUCCUAGACAUGUGUUUCACCACCGGCUCCAUCCCUCAGAUGCUCUACAACCUGUGGGGCCCAGACAAGACCAUCAGCUACCUGGGUUGUGCCACGCAGCUCUACUUUGUCCUGGCUCUGGGUGGGGUGGAGUGUGUCCUCCUGGCUGUCAUGGCCUAUGACCGCUAUGCUGCUGUCUGCAAACCCCUGCACUACACGGUCAUCAUGCACCCACGCCUCUGUGGGAAGUUGGCUUCUGUGGCAUGGUUGAGUGGCUUUGGCAAUUCUCUAAUCAUGGCACCCCAGACAUUGAUGCUGCCCCGCUGUGGGCACAGGCGGGUGGACCACUUUCUCUGUGAGAUGCCAGCACUGAUUGGCAUGGCCUGUGUCGAUACCAUGACCCUGGAGGCACUGGCUUUGGCUUUGGCAAUCUUUAUCAUUCUGGCUCCGCUCACGCUCACCCUCAUCUCUUACGGGUACAUUGCGCGAGCCGUGCUUAGGAUCAAGUCUGCUGCCGGGAGAAAGAAGGCCUUCAGCACCUGCAGCUCCCACUUGGUCGUUGUCUCUCUCUUCUAUGGUACAAUCAUAUACAUGUACCUCCAGCCAGCAAACACUUAUUCCCAGGACCAGGGCAAGUUCCUUACUCUUUUCUACACAAUUGUCACUCCCAGUGUUAACCCCCUUAUAUACACACUGAGAAACAAAGAUGUCAAAGAGGCCCUGAAGAAGGUGCUAGGGAAGGGGGGUGCAGGCAUAUAG